UUUCCGCCUUUGCCAGCGACGAUAAAUUAUCCAGGCACACGCUGCUUCUCCUACAUCCAUCACUACCAGACUGACAGAAGUUGGGAGUGGGAGGGGGGUAGGCAAGGUGGACGCGCGACUGUGUCGCCGUCUGUGAACAGUGAACAGUCAGCCCGCAGUCGCGCUUCCAAAGUCGCUUCGUGUGAACGAGGCUUAAAAUGCUUGACGAGCUGGGACUCCUGGGAGACGACUCCGGGGUCGCUCCGUGCCAGACGCACGGGGUGUGGCGCCGUGGAGUCGACUCCGCCGACUUCGCCAGCCUCUAGAGUCGGAAUCGUUAAUCUCCAAGAGAGCGACUCUUCCCCAUCCCUGCUUUGCGAUAAGAUGGUGACCACAGAUGAUGAAGAUGAUGCCGGUGAGGGUCAGGGUGCGCCCAGCCAGACUCUCUCCCUCACCAGCUUUCUCUUCGGCAACAUUGACACACAUGGCCAGCUUGAAGGAGAUGUGUUUGAUGUGGAAUGCAAGCGGCAGCUGGCAUCUCUGUCUCGCCUUGGUCUGGGCUCCCUUCUUAGACAAGUGACAGAUGAUGGUGAUGAAGAUGAUGACGAGGAUGAUGAUGAUGAUGACCGUGAGGAGGAGGAGGAAGCAGAAGUGGUUGAAAAGAGUCCAUCAGCUGUUGAUUAUUCUGACAUCAAUGAGGCAGUGGAAGAUGAUGCUCUGGCUCAGAAUGAAGACGAUGGUGAGGAUUAUGAUGCUGAGGAAGAAGAAAAUGGUCUAAGUAAGUCUGACUCUGAGUUGAUGCCUCCACCGCCGCUGCCCAAAACUGAAAGUGGCAAUGCUUCCUCCACCACCACAGCCACCAGCACCACCACCUCCUCUGGCAGUUCAUCCAGCCGCAGAGUCAUCACACCCCUGGCAGCAAUGUUGCCUUCCAAGUACCUUAAUGUGGAUGUCAAGGAAUUGUUUCCAGAUUUUCGACCAGACUCUGUGUUGCGGUUUUCAAGACUUUUUGGGCCUGGUAAAAUUGCCAAUUUGCCUAAAAUAUGGAAAGGUGUAAAGAGAAAAAAGAAGAAGAAAUUUGGCCCUGGUGGGGAAGAUAAAGGUGCAGGUGACGAUUACUUCCCAGGGGAGGAGACGCCCCCUACACCUGAAAUACCAAAAGGAUUUGAAUUACAGUUUGCACCAGAGCCUCCACCAUACAUGUGUGUGGCUGAUGACAGUGUCCGGUUUAGCCAGACGCAGGAACAGGAUAAUAACAACAAUGCCUUGAAUGGAGAAGGAGACAAGGCUAAUGAUCGUGAUCCCAAUAAGCCCCAUGAAGCUGACUGGCGUUAUGGUCCAGCACAGUUGUGGUACGACAUGCUGGAUGUGCCACUGUCUGGGACAAACUUUGAUUAUGGUUUCAAGAUCAAGGGCAUGAACAAUUCUACUGAUAAAUCAGAGGAAGAUGAAGGCUUUCAAGAUGCUCCAGUACCACUAAAGGAGGAGAAUGUGGCCACGUCAGGCUAUGAGGCAGACAGUGAAGAGGAGAUACCCGAUGAUUGUUUCCAUAUGGUGACACAGUACAAUUGGGAGGAGGACAUCAUAUGGAAUGGAGAUGACAUGAAGCAUAAGCAAAAUCAGAAGCGCAAAAACAUGGCAGCAGGCUGGGUUCCAAGCAGCUACAACCGCACAGCUCAAGCCUUCAGUCAGCCAACUAAAGUAGCAACACCCUUUGCAUCCACCAAAGCCAGCAAAGUUAAAUGUCAGAUGCCCAGGAAGAACAAUGUGGAUGACACGUGGUAUUCAAUAUUCCCUGUGGAGAAUGAGGAACUGGUGUAUGGUAAGUGGGAGGACAACAUUAUCUGGGAUCCUGAGAACAUGGCCACGAUUCCUGAGCCCACCGUACUGACGCUUGAUCCAAAUGAUGAGAACAUCAUCCUGGGCAUACCAGAGGAUGUUGAUCCUGCGACCCUCACCCAAGGUAAUGAUGCUCCUGUUAAAGUAAAGAUUCCACAUCCUCACGUGAAGAAGUCAAAGAUCUUGCUUGGGAAGGCUGGUGUCAUCACCACCAUUGAGGAGGAGUCACCACCACCUCCACCAAAGUCCCCUGAUAAAGAUCCAUUUAACAUCUCCAAUGAUGAAUACUAUCAACCAAAGUCCUCAGAACAAACUAUAAAGAUGUCCAUGGGAGGAGGUCUUCUGCAGCAUUCAACUCCAGUUGUUGAACUCCAACCACCAUUUAUUCCAACUUACAUGGGAGAAAAGAAACUGAGAUUGUUCCAUCGUCCUCCCCUGAAGAGAUAUUCCCAUGGUGCUCUUUCCACCAUGGGACCACACUCUGUGCUGCCACUUAUGAAGGAAAUUAAAAAGAAAGCAAAGCAAAGGGAAAUGGAACGUCUGGCCUCUGGUGGAGGUGAUGUGUUCUUCAUGAGGACCCCAGAGGACCUUACUGGCAAGGAUGGAGACAUAAUUUUGUUGGAGUACUGUGAAGAGUACCCUCCACUCCUGUCUCAGGUUGGCAUGGCUACCCGCUUCAAGAACUACUACAAGCGCCGUGCUGGCAAUGAUAAGGGGCCCCCAGAAUUUAGAUUUGGUGAGACUGCCUAUGCUCACACCUCCCCCUUCCUUGGUGCCAUGCAUCCUGGCCAGAGUAUUCAGACCCUGGAGAAUAACAUGUUCAGGGCACCGCUGUAUGAACACAAGCACAUCCAGACAGAUUUCCUGAUUAUACGUACCAGAAAUAAUUAUUGGAUCAGAGAGCUGGAUGGAGUCUUCACUGUAGGGCAGGAGUGUCCUCUGUAUGAGGUGCCUGGACCAAAUUCCAAAAGAGCCAACAACUUUAUAAGGGAUUUCUUGCAAGUAUUUAUUUACCGACUGUUUUGGAAGAGUAAAGACAAUCCACGGAGAAUCAAGAUGGAUGAGAUAAAGAGGGCUUUCCCUGCACAUUCUGAGAGCUCCAUUCGUAAACGCCUCAAACCAUGUGCAGACUUUAAGCGUACAGGAGUUGACAGCAACUGGUGGGUUAUCAAACCUGAAUUCCGGCUGCCCACGGAGGAGGAGAUCCGAGCCAUGGUGUCCCCAGAGCAGUGUUGCACCUACUUCAGCAUGUCUGCGGCAGAGCAGCGACUGAAGGAUGCUGGUUAUGGAGAUAAGUUCCUCUCUGCUUUAGAGGAUGACAAUGAUGAUGACACUCAGAAAUUGGAUGAUGAGAUUAAGGUUGCUCCCUGGCACACCACGAGAGCAUACAUCCAGGCAGUGAGGGGGAAGUGUCUUCUCCAGCUCACAGGACCUGCUGACCCAACAGGUUGUGGGGAAGGGUUCUCAUACAUUCGUAUCCCUAACAAACCAACACAAAACAAGGAAGAACAGGAGCAGCAACCCAAGCGCACAGUUACUGGAACAGAUGCUGAUUUGCGUAGGCUUUCACUUCACAAUGCAAAGAAUCUCCUGCGUCAGUAUGGUGUUCCCGAGGAUGAGAUUGCCAAGUUAACCAGAUGGGAGGUGAUUGAUGUUGUUAGAACACUGUCAACUGAGAAAGCAAAAGCAGGAGAGGAAGGAAUGAAUAAAUUCUCUCGAGGAAAUCGUUUUUCCAUUGCUGAACAUCAGGAGAGAUAUAAAGAAGAAUGCCAGCGUAUCUUUGACCUUCAGAACAGAGUGUUGGCAUCAGAGGAAGUUCUUUCCACAGAUGAUGGUUCAUCAGAAGAGGAAGAUAAUGAUUCAGAUAUGGAAGAAAAAGGAAAAUAUAUUGAAAAUAUCUUGGCUAAUAAGAAAACUACAUCACAAAUGACUCUGGAGAAGGAAGAACAAGAGAGAAAAGAGCUUCAGAAGAUGAUAAUGGGAGAAGAAGACAAAGAUGGUGAUAAGAGAAAAGGGGCUAAGAAAGAUGAAGAUGAAAAUUCACAGUUUGGAUUUGGUACUCCAGGUCGUCUGUUGAGAAUUACCCGCACAUUCAAGACCUCAGAUGGCAAGGAAUACACCAGGACUGAGAUUGUCCGCAAGAGUGCAGUGAUUGACACUUAUGUGAAGAUCAGAACUUCAAAGGAUGAAUCCUUCAUCAAAAACUUUGCUGGCCAACUUGAUGAGACCCAGAAGGAGGAGAUGAAGCGUGAGAGACGGCGCCUUCAGGAACAGUUGAGGAGGAUCAAGCGCAACCAAGAGAGGCAACAAAAAGGCAUCGUCACUCCUCCCAAGACCAAGAAACCCAAAUUGAAGCCUGACCUCAAGUUGAAGUGUGGUGCUUGUGGCCAGGUAGGGCACAUGCGCACCAACAAGGCCUGCCCAAUGUAUGCAGGAAACACCAGCUCCACUCAGCCCAUAAAUGUGGCUCUGACAGAGGAGCAAGAAGAAGAAAUGGAGAAAGGAGGAAUAGAGGAAUCUGAAGAACUUAUCAAUGUGGAUGGAACAAAGAUUAAGCUUUCCUCAAAAGUGAUUAAGCACGCAGAGGAGUUGAAACGUAGAUCUCUGGUGCUGAAAGUCCCCAAAGACCAAGUGAAAAAUCCCAAACGCAGGAGGGCAGGAACUGUGGUGCACUGUGAUUACCUGAAGCGCAAGGAGAGGUCGGUGAACAGGCGACGCAUUGACCCAGUCAUUACUCUCUCCACCAUAUUUGAGGAGAUGUUAAAUGAGAUGAGGGAGAUGUCAGAUGCACAGCCAUUCCUCUUCCCUGUUAAUGUGAAGCAAGUACCUGAUUAUUACAAUAUUGUUAAUCACCCAAUGGACCUGUCAACCAUUCGUGACAACCUGCGGCAAAAGAAAUACCAGAGCAGAGAAGAAUUCCUCUCCGAUAUCUCACAAAUUGUUGAAAAUUCCAAACUUUAUAAUGGUGUCAAAAGUACAUUGACAGUUACAGCACAAAAGAUGUUAGAAUUGUGCAUAGACAGGUUCGCUGAGAAGGAAGAGCGACUCAUGAGAUUGGAGAAAGCAAUUAAUCCUCUCCUUGAUGACGAUGACCAGGUGGCAUUUGAUUACAUACUGGACAACAUUGUAAAUCAGAAGCUGUUCUCAAUGCAGGAAUCAUGGCCAUUUAUGAAACCUGUAAACAAGAAGAAUGUAAAAGACUAUUAUGAAAUAAUACAGAGCCCUAUGGAUCUUUCCACCAUAGCAAAGAAAGUCAAAAACCACAAAUACCACAGCCGAGCCGAAUUCAUGCAAGAUAUGGAACUCAUCUUGACCAACAGCAUCAGGUACAAUGGUCAAGAUUCUGCAUUCACACAAAAGGCUGAGACUCUUUUGCAAGUCUGUAAAGAUAGUCUGGCUGAAUAUGAGGCUCAUCUUGAUGGAUUGGAAAAGAAGAUUACUCUUGCCCAAGAACGAGCCUUAGAACAAGCUGAAACUGACUCUUUGUGCACUUCCCUUGGCCCUGAUGAUGACACUAAUUACACAUUUGCUGAGCCGGAGCAGGACCCUCCAGAUCACCAAAUGGGUUCACCCUCAGAUAAUCUUCUAAACUAUUCCGGUGAUGAAGAGGAAGAGCAUGUCAAUGUAGUUGAUGGGGAGGAAGAGGAAAUGAUGCAGACACCCAAGAGACGUCGUCUCCAACAGGAACAAAGGAAUGUCUUGGAGGAAGAUCUUGAAUUCAGUGAUGAUGAAGAGGAUUAUGGAAUGCAGCAACAACAGCAACAAGACCAGCAGCAGCAACAGCAGCACCAUCACAUGGAAGAAAUGUCUGGGGCAGAUAUGGUGGAAGCUGGCAUGGUACUGGAGGGGCAGUAUGGCUCCCACCAGCAGGGGCCUGAUGAAACACAGGGAGCAGCAGAGGCAAUGGUUCAACUCUCAGCUCAGUAUUCAUAUUACCAGGGUGAAACAGGGGAGUACAAUCCUGAAGGUUUGGGAACAGAAGGCAACAUGGAAGUUGAUGCCAGUUAUGAUCCUUCUGUGGAAUUCCUUGGGGGCAUGAUGCCUUCACAGCCGCAUGAUGAUGCUACGAUCAAUAAUGACUUGGCUGUGUCAGACUCGGAUGAUGAAGCUGGUCGUCAAGUUGACCAUCAACAAAUGGAAAAUCCUCCCCAAGAAGAGGAAGAUGACAAAGAUGCGCUGUGGUUUUAAUUAAUUCAUAGUUUAUGUUUUGUAUACAUAGAUCAAUCUAAAAUAAACUUUUAAAAUUUUGCAAAA